AUGGGUGAGUGGACUGACAAUACAGACUUUUAUAAAAAUAUUGAUUACAAAAAUGAAUGGUUAGAUGAAGAUGCGACGAUUACUGAAAAUGUAGAUGUUGUACAAGAAAAGAAUAUUUUAUAUGAGAAACUGAAUCUUAAGUAUGAUUCUAUGUUUAAUGGUCCUAAAUUAUUUCAUAAAGAACAAACAAGACGAAAGAAAGGAAUAUAA